AUGCCGUAUAAUAUUGCGAUGAUCAGCGAUUUCUUCUUCCCCCAACCUGGCGGUGUUGAGAGUCACAUUUACCAGCUAUCGACCAAGCUCAUAGACCGGGGCCAUAAAGUCAUAAUUAUCACACACGGUUACGAGGGUCGUCGGGGCGUACGGUACCUUACCAACGGGCUGAAAGUUUAUCAUGUGCCGUUUUUCGUGAUCUACCGCGAAACAACAUUUCCAACCGUCUUCUCGUUCUUUCCCAUCUUCCGCAACAUCGUUAUCCGGGAGAAGAUCGAGAUAGUACACGGUCAUGCCAGUCUCAGUAGCCUGUGCCAUGAAGCCAUCCUGCAUGCGAGGACAAUGGGGUUAAGGACUGUUUUUACGGACCACUCUCUUUUUGGCUUCGCUGAUGCUGCGAGCAUCUUGACCAACAAGCUGCUGAAAUUCACUUUGAGCGACGUUGACCACGUCAUCUGCGUUAGCCAUACUUGCAAGGAAAACACUGUCCUUCGAGCUUCACUGGAUCCGCUUAUGGUGUCAGUCAUUCCCAAUGCCGUGGUUGCCGAAAACUUCCGACCAAAAGGGUACAAGGAACUAGAGGAUGGUUCCGUUGCUUCUCCGGACCGUCGGUCUUCACUCGCGAACCAGACCAUCGGCCCCAACGACACCAUAACUAUCGUGGUUAUCUCGCGCCUGUUCUACAACAAGGGCACAGAUUUACUCAUCGCAGCCAUUCCGAGGAUUUUGGCAGCGCACCCAAAUGUCAAGUUCAUCAUCGCCGGUUCAGGACCCAAAGCCAUCGACCUUGAGCAAAUGCUGGAACGGAAUGUGCUACAAGAUCGGGUUGAACUCCUGGGACCGGUCCGGCACGAAGAAGUCCGGGAUGUCAUGAUCCGUGGCCACAUCUAUCUCCACCCCAGCUUGACAGAAGCGUUCGGCACCGUUAUCGUGGAAGCCGCUAGUUGCGGCCUUUAUGUUGUCUGCACUCGUGUUGGUGGCAUACCGGAAGUACUCCCUGCACAUAUGACAACAUUCGCCAAGCCGGAAGAGGACGAUCUCGUGGAUGCUACUGGAAGAGCAAUCACGGCUCUCCGUGCCAACAGGAUCCAUACGACGCGGUUCCACGAACAAGUCAAGAUGAUGUAUUCUUGGACCGACGUAGCGGAGCGCACCGAAAGAGUUUACAACGGCAUCUCCGGUGUCCUUAGUGAGGAGGAAUUCUAUGGCUAUUCCAGUAGCGGAUGGGGGGCCACGCGUGGUCGCGCCGGCGUUCAGAGCUUCGCGCUUAUCGAUCGGCUAAAACGAUACUAUGGCUGUGGUAUUUGGGCUGGUAAGCUCUUCUGCCUUUGCGUUAUCAUCGACUACCUUAUCUUUGUUCUCUUGGAGUUCUUCUAUCCACGAGAACGCAUCGACAUCUGUCGAGACUGGCCGAGAAAGGUAGCGGCAGCUCAAAUCCAAGCCAAGGCUGAGCAUGCAUCUGAGGAGAGGGUCAGCGUGACUCGGACCAGAAGCGUGCGAAGCCGUGACAAGAGGCGGGAGGUGUGA